AUGCUUUCUUGUUAUACUAGGUCGCGUUAUGCAUUUGCAAAUAUUAGAAAUCUCUUAAGGAGUCAAAAUUCUAUACGAUCGAAUAGUACGGUUGUAAGAACAAGAUUUGCUCCGUCACCAACUGGAUUUUUGCACCUCGGAUCUUUAAGGACAGCUUUAUUCAAUUACUUAUGGGCUAAGAAAUGUAAUGGGAAAUUUAUUGUGCGUUUAGAAGAUACCGACCAAAAAAGGAUAGUCCAUGGCUCAGAGCAAUCCAUUUACGAUCUGUUACAAACUUUCGGACUUCAAUGGGAUGAAGGCCCAGUCUCGGGAGGCCCCUUUGGUCCUUACCAACAGUCCAAACGAUUACCCAUUUACUUGGAAUACAUCUCCCAGCUACUAGCUUCUGGAAAAGCAUAUAAAUACUACGACGAAUGCUCAGCGGCGUCUCCCGAAACAGGGAAAAAGCCAUACGUCGUCCGAUUUUGCUCGCAGGAGGGAGCAACGAGUUUUGUUGAUACGGUAUAUGGAAAAAUUACAAUCAAGAGUAAUACGCCGAAAGUACUUAGCGAUGACUUUGUGAUUUUGAAGUCGGAUGGCUAUCCAACUUAUCACUUUGCUAACGUGGUCGAUGAUCAUUUAAUGGGUAUCACUCAUGUAAUACGAGGAGAAGAAUGGAUUCCGUCGACGCCAAAACACAUACAGCUUUACAAGGCAUUUCAAUGGCAGCCUCCCACGUAUUCUCAUAUCCCCUUACUGACGAAUCCAGAUGGGUCCAAGUUAAGUAAACGUCAAAAUGAUGCCCAUGUAACCAGCUUACUUGAAAGAGGAUACGAGCCCAUGGCAAUUCUAAAUUUUCUAGCACUCAUGGGAUGGUCGUCUAGACAAACAAGCGACAUUAUCCACCUACCGCAGCUCAUGGAGAUAUUUUCCAUUGAUAGAUUGACAAAAGGUUCUUGUAUAGUAGCGUUGGAGAAAUUACAGUUCUUAAACAAACAUUAUCUUCGGGAAAGGAUCAAUGAUCCUGUACAGCUUGAUCAGAUUACAGUUGAAAUGCAGAAAGUCUUGAGAGAAAAAUAUACCAAUUCCUUAGCUCGAAUCUCCGACUCAGAUUAUGUUCGCCAAUGUUUGCUUUUGUUACAAAAUCGUAUACGAACUCUUCCAGAAUUUAUAGACCUUAGUGCUUAUUUCUUUGAAGACCCUUUUCAGAAUACGAUACAUCAUAAAUUGCCUUCAUCAACAAACGUGCCUAUGGUAUUAUCCCGUCUUCUUCAUGGUCUGCAGACUUGUUCCUGGAAGUCUUCAAGUCUUCAUGAACUUCUUAAAGAUAUUGCCAUCACUUUUAAUCUUCCAUUGGGAAAGCUGCAAUCAUUGAUUCGUCAAAUCCUAUGCGGGUCAAUUCCAGGUGCUAAUUUAGCAGAUACAAUUCGUAUACUCGGUCGGGAUGCUACCGUUUACAGAAUAGAUGCUUACAAAAAAUCUCUUCACUGA